CGACCGCCUACGAGACGCUCAAGGAUGAAGAGACACGGAAAGAUUAUGACUACAUGCUGGAUCACCCAGAAGAAUACUAUAGCCAUUACUACCACUACUACAGCAGGCGCCUAGCCCCAAAAGUGGAUGUUAGGGUGGUGAUUUUGGUCAGUGUAUGUGCCAUUUCAGUGUUUCAGUAUUUCAGCUGGUGGAAUAGCUACAAUAAAGCAAUCAGCUACCUUGCCACAGUGCCCAAAUACCGCAUCCAAGCAACAGAAAUUGCCAAGGAGCAAGGACUGCUUAAAAAAGCCAAAGAGAAAGGGAAAAAUAAGAAAUCCAAAGAAGAAAUCCGUGACGAGGAGGAGAACAUCAUAAAGAACAUUAUAAAAAGUAAGAUAGAUAUAAAGGGGGGCUACCAGAAACCCCAAGUACGUGACCUCCUCCUGUUUCAAGUCAUCCUCGCUCCGUUUCACCUGUGCUCAUACAUAGCUUGGUACUGCCGGUGGAUCUAUAACUUUAACAUUAAAGGCAAAGAAUACGGGGAGGAGGAGAGACUCUACCUCAUACGAAAAUCUAUGAAGAUGUCCCAGUCUCAGUUUGACAGCCUGGAGGAUCAUCAGAAAGAAACAUUUCUUAAGCGGGAGCUUUGGGUAAAGGAAAAUUACGAGAAACCACGUGAAAAAUUGGGCUUGGUGAAGGCAGGUGGAUCCCUAAUGCUCAUUGGCAGCCAACCAAAUCCGUGAGCUCUGGGUUCAAGAAGAGACCCUGUUUUAAAGGCUGGGCAUGCAGGAGAAAAGACAUCUCCAUCAACCCUGGACCUCUGCAUUCUACACAGGUGUAAACACCCAUAUUUACAAACACACACACACUAUCACUGCCAUCCACAUACACAUAUACAGCUUUUUGUAAGGUUUUUGCUUUAAACCCUAUCUUUUCAGAUUAUUGUAUUGGGCUGAAUUAUUAUAUUACACAAGGUUUUCUUAGUCAUUACUCUUAUUUGGAAGCAAUACUUUUUAAAAAUUAAUGUGGCUGUAAAGCUGGCUGUAAGAAAUUAUUUAGUUUUGCUUUACUAAAGCUCGAAAUACUAGAAAUUCUUGUUUCUUAACCUAUGUUAUUUAUACAACUUUAUUUGGUGACCUUAAGAAAAAAAAGCUAUCUUUGAAAAAUAGAUGUAAAUUCAGUUUAGAGGCAAAUAUAUAUGUAGAGCCAAUUUGUUCCUUGGUUAAGUAAAACAUCUCAAGGGGAAAAAAGAACUAAUUCAAUCCAUAUCCAAGCAUGGUGCUGUAUACCUGUCUUAAUCCUAGACAUUGGAAAGGCUGAGGUAGGAGGAUUGUAAAUUCAAAGUCAGUCUGAAUUGCUUAGCUCAGCCUGGGCUACAUUGUAAGAGUCUAUCACAGAAACAAAACAGAGAAGUUGUAGCUCUUGUGCAGUUUGUUUUUCUGACACUGGGUGUUGAAGUACUUUGUAUUUGAAUCAGUCUCCAGAAAGCAAAUCCACAUGUUCAUCUGAUGUUAUAUUGAAAAACUAAACAUUCCAUACAUACAACAACAUGGGUUUCUCUUUGUAUCAUAAAGUCAUUUUUAUUAUAC